AUGCACAACCUGGAGGAAGAAGCAGAGAAGGAGUAUGAACAACUUGGCAGGGAGGGACGCGACCUAGCUUUGCUCAAGCUUCCCCCCAGCGACUUUGACUUCCUCACCUCGGAGGAGAUCUCGGUGAUUCCCAUUCACGUGAUUGAGGUUCAGCGAGAGGAGCAGCGCCGCCACGGCACGGUGAACCGCGACACCACGCUCUGCGAUUUCAUUAAGGCCAUCGGCCUUGAGGAGGCGGACACCGAGGACCCGGUGAACGGGUACAGUGUCCUGCACAUCAAAGAGUCAACGCGCGCCUACUUUGGCGGUCAGGAGGAAGAGGUGUAUCGCGCCUUCCGCAAUAACAUGCUCCGCUACACCGAAGACGCCGACUGGCUAAAGCACAUGACCUUCCUCGGCGACCAGACGGCCGAUGCGUGCGAGCGGCUGGGCUACCUUGACCGCAACGCACAAGCGGCGUCGGAGGGGGAGGUGAUGGUGCCCGUUACUUCCUACAGGCAGGCGUUCUUCGCGAAGAAGUCCAAGAAGGCGGAUGAGUGA